UUUGCAACAAAAGUUUUGUAAAUAUUAUUCUUCAUUCCUACAUUAUAUAUAUUUGUUCUACAAUAACAAUAUAGUAUAACAUCUCAAAGCAUAUAAUAUAAUUACAGAUAAUAACAAUAUAGGUAGUACUAUAUAUUUAGCAGCCAAAAAUGAGGCUGUCUAUGAAGUCAUUAGUGCUACCAUAUGAUCUUCCUAUGUCUUCAGGCACACCUUACGUGCCCGUGCCUGUGCCUGUGCCUGGCCAUCAGCAAUGCAGUAUUACUAAACGCACUCAGGAGCUCACUUUCCAGUCUCAGCAGUCUAUCAAUCGUCAGUCUCUUAACCAAACUAAGCUUACUCCUGUGGUUCGGCAGUCUCGGGCUGCAAACCGCUGGAAGGAGUACAUGGGGGUUAGGGAUUGGGAUGGAUUACUUGAUCCACUCGACGAUCAUCUCCGUGAUGAGAUUCUCCGAUACGGGUCUUUUAUUGAGGCUACCUAUAGGGGGUUUGAGUUUAACCCUCACUCUUCUUCCUAUGGGUCAUCCAAGUAUAAGAAGAAGUCCUUUUUUGAGCAGUGUGGGCUGCCUACCCCCGGGUACAGACUAACACGGCACCUCCGUGCUACGUCGGGGAUCCAAGUACCCGGGUGGGCUAGCUCCAGCUGGUCUCCGAUGCAGACCAGCUGGAUUGGGUACGUGGCGGUCUGUACCAACAAGGCGAUGAUCAAACAACUUGGACGCCGGGAGGUUGUUAUCGCCUUGCGUGGGACCGCCACGUGCCUUGAGUGGCUCGAGAACCUACGAGCCACUCUUGCCCCGGUACCAGGGCCCAUAUCGGUAGAGAAUGACAAUGUGGGCCCGUGGAAUGUGGACAGCCCCCCUAUGGUGGAGAGUGGGUUCCUGAGCCUAUACACUUCGGGGAACGACAUGUGGCCCAGCCUACAGGACGCAAUAAGAAUAGAGAUAGGCCGGAUCCUUGAUCUUUAUCAAGACAAGGAGCCUCUUAGUAUCACCAUCACCGGCCACAGCCUUGGUGCUGCCCUGGCUACGUUGGCAGCCUAUGACAUCAAGACCACGUUCGACCGGGCCCCGCUUGUGACCGUGAUAUCUUUUGGCGGGCCGAGAGUGGGAAACCAAAGCUUCCGUUCCCUUGUAGACAAACAAGGGACAAAAAUACUAAGGGUGGUCAACCCCAGUGAUCUCAUCACCAAACUCCCCGGGUUUGUAACUGAUAAUAAUGAAGAUUUUGUCAACAUAGAUACUAGUCCAAGUGCUACUAAAAAAAUUGGGAUAAAAAAUAGUCCUCGUACUAGUCAUAACAAUAACAAUAAAAAUAACAAUAGGAGUAACCGUCCUGGUACAAUUACAAGUGUUAGUGAUAGUACCCGUUUUGGUAAAAUAUUAAGUAGCCAUUUCGGUAAAGGUAAAAUAAAAAGUAGUAGCAAGAGUCGUUUGGGUGUAACUAAAAGUGGCUCGAGCAAAAUGAAGCUAAUGGGAAAUAUAUUGAUGAAUUGGGUGCAACAAUUUAGGGUGGAUGACACACGGUGGUGGGUGUACGCCGAGGUGGGUCGAGAACUGAGGUUGGAGAACAGAGAAUCAGCAGAACAACUACUGCAAUACUAUUUGAGCAACAUGGAUGUUGCAAAAUGCCAUGACCUAAAAACUUAUCUAAACUUGGUGGAAGAUUGUCCACUCAAAAACUUUGUAAGGAGGUCAUUGAACAAACUCACCCAGCGUUGUACUCGUAAUGCUCAUGAGAAAGACAACAACAUCAACAACAAUAGUGGUGUUCUUGCUUUGUAAAUUUACAUUUUUUACCCACAAUGUAUAAUUGUACAUACAUACUCAUAAUAACAACUACUCCGUAGUUUUUGAGCAUUCUACAUUGUAACAGUUUAAAUGGAAAUGUUAACCAAUUGCGCGCUCAAUUGAUAUACAUACUCCCUCUGUUCCAAAAUUUUACUCUACCCGUUUCUGAAUAUUUGUAACAGUUUGACUUGUACAGUAUUUAUACAUUA